AUAAACUUUAUUUUUAAGGUUUGCUGAAAGUAAUCAAGUGCAAUGUUUCAUUACCUGUUUAUGUAAUGAUCAGACCAAGAGGGGGAGAUUUUCUAUACAGUGACGCAGAGUUUGAAGUAAUGAUCGAAGAUUGUAAAGAACUAAUCAAAGCAGGGGCUGAUGGCGUUGUUUUUGGUAUUCUCACAAAAAAAGGGGAAGUCGAUAUUCCUCGCUGUCAAACCUUAUUAGAUAUCAUCAAGCCGCUUUCCGCGACAUUUCAUCGAGCCUUUGAUAUGGUCUAUGAUCAGAGGUCUUCCUUAGAAGUGAUCAUAAACUUGGGUUUUGAUCGUAUCCUAACGAGUGGGGGCAAGUCUAGCGUACUUGAGGGAGCAUCUCGCCUAAAAAGUCUUGUUAUUCAGGCGGCAACACGGAUUAUCAUAAUGCCAGGUGGCGGUAUAAAUGAAGAUAAUUUAUUAGGGAUAUUGCAAGAGACUGGAGCGAGAGAGUUUCACGGCUCUGCUAGGACUAAUGUUCCUUCCAAAAUGGAGUACCAUAAUACUUCUGUUUCUAUGGGAGGCAUUGGAGACGAGUAUGGACUUCAAGUGGCUAAUCUUGACAGGAUAAAACACCUAACAUCUAAAGCGCAGACAUGUACUUCCAAUGAUUGAAAUGAAAAAACUACAGAACGAAAGUUUUUGAAGAUCCUCUCUGACAAGCAGCCAUGGGAGCUUAUCGGAAGCUCGGGACGCUGGUUUUCGGUUUCAUAUUGUACGUUGCCGACGUCGGCUCCGACAUCUACGUCGCAAUUCAGUAUUAUAAAGAAGGUCUGAUUGCCCCAUUUAUAACAACCGUUGUUUUCACAGCCCUUCCCGUGUUCAUCGUCAAUAUCUUCGCGACGUACAGCCUAAAAAAAGGACACGUAACUUUGAAAUUUGCCAGCUGCUUCGUUCACUUGGCCAUGGUGCAUCUGUUUAUCGAGGAAUUAUACAGAUGGAAAGAGGACAGCGAACAUUCACACAACGGCAAACACUUUUCAAAAUGCAAAUGCGCGGAUUGUGUAAACCGUUUUAAAAGUAGCUCUAAGGCAACAUUAGACUCCACGUUAGUGCGUUAUAUGGAAGCAUUCGCCGAAUCGGCACCCCAGUGUUGUUUCCAAGUUAUUGUGAUGCGCAAUAGUGGUGGUACACUUCCUUGGUACAGGAUUGCUUCAAUUUCCAUAUCAUUCUUUUCCAUUUUAUGGAGCAUUUAUUUGCUCGAGAAAGCGUACUGGGUCAACCGAAGAGUCGAAAUGGAUUUGAGACCGGCAACUUACCCUAAAAAGUCGGCUUUUGUAUUUGUUCUUUGGCAAUUGCUUCUUUUGCUUGCAAGAUGUCUCACAGUUGCUAUACUACCGCCCAAUUACUUUGUAAUUAUUUUCCUCAUACUUAUCCACUACAUUGCCAUUUUUCACCUGAUGUAUUGGUUUUUCCGUAACAGUUCAUGUCGAACACGAUGCAUCGUCAGCGUUUCGAGCUUUGUUACAUCGUAUCCCUGGCAUUUCCACCUUUCAACAUCAGGCCUAGAAGUACCAAACAAGUGCUUCCAUACAGAAGAAGACGUUGUCAAAAUUAGGAAAUUUAUACGAUAUGCGCUGAUUUUGGUGCCCUUUUUGUUUGCUCUCGAAGGCACCAUCUUGAUUCUCUUUUUCUCGGAAUUACCGGAAACGAAGAUGUAUGAUGCUUUAAAAAUUUUGGGUGGAACCAUUUUGCCAGCAUACGUUAUGUCCCUGAUUUACUACCACUCACGUUGUCAUCCCUUCACCAGAAUUUCGCAAGUUAGGCCCAUUGUCGUAAAACGCGGCAUUAUCAACGUUCAACCAAUAAACGACGAUGAAUAGCCGGUAU